AUGUUUGCCACGUCAGUAGAAUACCUGGGCCUCCGUGUGCCCCAGCUCCUGCAAGCAUCAGAGGAGGAGUUCGGCUCAGAUCGUGUCAUCAUGCUCAACCUUUUCCUGAUUCUCCUCUUGCUCCUGUUCUGCGCUAUCCAUCUGCGUAAAAACGAUGAUGAUGUCUUCGGGGAGAUUGACCCAGAGCUGGUCAAUAAGUUCACAGAGGGAGUGCAGCUCAACUACAACUACCUCAAACAACUGGAGGAACUUCUGGACAUGAAGAAGUUACAGAUAGAGGACCUCAUCUCUGAGAUGGACCUGGACUGCUGCUCUGAAUCCAAGUUGUGCUCUGACUCAUGCUACUCAAGAUCAUCUUCUAGAUCACAUUCUAGAUCUUCUGUAUCCUCUAGAUCUAGUGACGGCAGCACAUGGCAAACCUGUAAGAAACGGCCUCCAACUGACAGGUUUAAAUACCCGAAAGGCUGUAGUCCAGAUAGUCAUGAUAGUCCCUGCCCUCCGGUUAAUCCUAGCCCAGUGGGUAGUCCUGGCUCAAAGGCCACUCCCUUCCUCCAGCUACCAGGAGGUGGGGAUGAUGAGGACAGUUACCAUGGCUCCACGCUCUCCUCCCGUAGCUCCUCCUGCAGCUCCUCUAGGUACGUGUCUCCUUCUGACUCCCCUCUGCCCCUUGAAUACCAGCCCAGCCCUCGUCAGCCUGCUGCUACUGGUUGGAGGCGAAACUGGACUUUGACGGAGACCAAAGUGGACUCUGUGGCUAGUCCUGUGGCAGCUCCUUCUACUGUCACGUUCCCUGACUGCAAAGACAGAGCUGCUGACCUCACAGACCAUACAAACUGGUCCCAGACCACUCCAGACCAUGUAGACCAUUCCAAGACCACUCCAGACCGCUCCAAGACUCCGACUGUGAGACAGAUUCUGACGGUGAGACAACUGUUUGAGGUAGUGCCGAGGAAAGCAGACCCACCCCUCCUGCACCGCUGGCACCGCAGACGCCUGGAACUCAACGCGACGCAGAAGGUGGCCCGCAAUCGCUGGAGGAUUGCCGUGCUGAUGAUCUCCAUCGUUAGGUGGCUGCUCGCCGAGAGCCUGAAGGGAGGAGGCACCACCAGCUCAACCUCCCCCCCAACGUCCACCACUACCACACACUCCAACACCUCAACCACCUCUCAGGCUAAGAAAGGAUCCGAGAUCAUUAGGAAAACUGUCAGCGUUCCAGCCUUCUGCCCGCAGGGUGUAAACCCUCCAUCUCACUCCCAGGCUCCAUGCCAGUUUCCAGGGUCAGAGGGUAAACUCAUUAUGAUGUACGCUGAGGGUGCCAGGAUCCCCUUAAUUUCCCAGGAGGUCCGGGAGAAGCUGGAGUCCCACGUCCGCCGCAAGCAGAGCCAGCGCCUCUGGGGCUUCCCCAAGCUGGUCACCAGGUAUGUGGGCGACCUCAUGCCUCUACAGCUCCCCAUCUCCUGCAGCGAAGACAACUGGAAAAUCAUGGGCAACGUGACUGACCACCAGGCAGUGUUCUCUGGACGAGUGCACCUCAACACAGAGUUCAGGUUGAAGAACAAGACUACCAAGCCAGAGGGGGAGCAGAAGGCUACUGCAGCUCUAGCUGCAGCAAAGGACACCUCACCAGCCACCAGAACUGUGGAGAAGACUACCAGCAUCAGCACCAUGCUCCAGCCAGCCGAGACUCAUGCUACUAAAUCACACCAGACCAGAGCCACUCUGAACCAGCCCUCCCCUGCGAUAACCUUGACCCCGGAGAGACAAUGGCUGGAGAAGAAGAUGAGGAGUAAGUGUAUGGAGGUAAAGCUCAAACACUUCCCGGGCAUUGUUGCCCAGUCAUACCACUCCGCCCUUGCCUGGACAACUAGCCAGCCAACCAGGAAGCCCACCCAGGUGGCAAAAGCCUCCACUGUUGUUCCGAAAUGCCCCACCCCACUCAGACAGAGGGAUAAGGUAUCAUUCAUGGACCAAGGGGAGCUGAGGCACCUGGUGGACAACCUGAUCAUGAAACACAUGGAGCACCUUCAGAGACAGGGAGUGACAACCCCUUCGACCCACACCCAGGGAGUUACAACCGCCUCGGCCCUCUCGCAAAGCUCUCACAGCCUGGCCCUAGAGACCUCGACUGGCACCACCGUCUCACAUCCCUACCCUGCCCUCACUAAACAGCUGGUGCUAGUGAAUGGUUUGGAACAAGGUGCCAGGGAGAGCAAGACACUGCAGGCUCCACAGCAGUACAAUGUGAAGCCUAGCUCAGCCACAGUCAAGGUGGGAAGAUGCUGCAGCAUCAUGUGA